UUUUUUCUCUGUCCGCCACGUCAACAGAUUCCUUCGAUUCGCUGAAGACAGUACGAAUUAGAUACAGCUUCAAUGAACUGCCUACUGAUGGAACUAAGGAGGCUGAAAUGGAAAGUGUUUUGGAUAAUCGAAGUAAAAGAAUAGGGCAUAAUCGAAAAACGGAAAACAUCACAAGAUACCCGUUCGUAGUUUCCCUGCAGAAACAGGGCAAGGAGUAUUACAAACACAUCUGUGGUGGUGCCAUCAUCGAUGAGCAAUUUGUGCUAACAUCGGCACAUUGUAUCCUAAACCCUCAGCAGCUGUCCACCACAAGCUUGAGUAUAGUAGCUGGAACAAAUCAGAUCUAUAAUCGUUCUAGUGCGACACGUUUUCAUAUCAAAGAGAUAAGAACGCAUAAAUUUUUUAAGCCACUCAAGGGCAACGAUAUUGCUCUGUUAAAGGUGGAACCCACAAUUCCCAUUGAUAAUAAGCGUUUCAGUAAAAUUGAUUUCAGAAAUAGCUCACGAAAGGUGGCUGGCUUGGAGUCCCUUAUGCUUGGUUGGGGACGGAACAUUGUAAAUGUAAUAAAAGACAUGGAAGUCGUGCCUUUCCAAACAAUAGAGGAUGAAGAGUGUGAGUUGAAGCAUCGUUUCAAAUAUUUGACCAAAUCGGAAAUCUGUGCUUUAAGCAGAAAACGCGGAGCCUGUGAUGGCGACUCAGGCGGUCCUCUUGUUGAUGUUGAGUCCAACGGUUUCUAUGGUUUGGUCUCGUAUGGUAGAAGAGCUUGUGAGGCCGGAAAACCAUAUGCAUUCACUCGCAUUAGUUAUUAUGUCAAGUGGAUCGAUGAGACAAUGAAUAGUAUGCGGAGUCUGCCACCUAAACCAAACUUACACGCACCACCUAAAUAUUAAAUAAGGAGAUAUGUAAAACUAUGUCGUUUAAUUUUCAGUUCUGAAAGUUUGAAAGCUCCGAUACUUGUUUCGAUAAAUAUUUUCACUACAUUGCUAACUGACAGAG